ACUCUCUCCCUGCUCUUGCCACUCACUCCCCACGUUUUCAGAAACACUAUAUUCCAUCUGACUCUAAAUGGCGCUUGAAGCGGGAUGUACAAUGUCGAAUUUGGAUGCGUUAUGUUGACGAUGACGAUUGCUUAAUGAUGGAUAACAACAGCGCCGAUAUCUCUGACAAACUGAAUACAACUUUAGGGAUUGACUUAAGUGCUGAAGAUGUCCAGAACCAACCCGAGUUUUGCCAGCUGCUUUCUGUGCUGACCAAUCACAUCAGUAAUGAAGGAGUAUCAACUCUAGUGCAAAAAGAUCUCCUACAGGCAGAAGAAGAAUUAAAACAUGAGAAACACAGUUGGCUGUUACAGAAGAUUCUCUACCACGAACUUGAAGAGCUUUUGCGAGAUUAUGAUAUAAAGUCUCAAGACACUGCACUCUCGACAGAAGAUAGACAGUUCCACACCAUCCUACAGGAGACACUGACUCGGGCAGAGAUCUCCGACUACCUGGACUGCUCUCCUGAUCCCACGUCUACAGACACUCUGUUAGGUCUGAGUAAAACAGAACUGUCCCAGCAGAACCCCCACAGAAAGCAUCUACCAUUUAUACAACAAAAGCUGAUCCCGGACAUAGAGAAGAGGCUGAGAGAGAAGUGUGACAGCCUCAUCAACUUUCAUCAGACUGGUUUAGAAGAGGAUGAUGUAGAGCCGGCCUUCAAUCCUACAACACAGUUACCUGCCCUUGUGGAAUCUGAUAAACACCAGCUGCAAAAGACGAAGGCUCAAUUGAAAACUGUGAAACAUAAUAAAGACAAACAGUUCUGGCAGUACUACAAGACGCUGAUAGACUCCUUGGGAGUGCUGGAGGAGGUGGUCGCCAAACAUAGAUUCCAGAACCAGACUGAACAGAACACUGUCACCACAGAAUGGCUGGUGGGCAGGUGUGACGGGCUCUGUUUAAAGAUCAGAUUGCUGGAGAUGCAGGUCUUGUGUGACACGUACACCAAAGAUACAGUGAAGGCCUUACAUUCUGUCAGAGAUCACUUAGACAGCAACUUCCGUGAGACUGAUAAGGAGUUCCACCACGUCUGCCAGGCUCUACGGUCGUACGAGUCAGUAGGGAUGGGAUUCGAUGAACUGGUGGAGGAAUUCAGGAAACUCAAAGAAGAGAAAGAUAAUAAACAAUGGGCGCUGACAGAACUACAUCGGGGAGGCGAUAAACAGGGAACAGUGGCAAAACCUUGACUGAAGCCCUGGUAGAUCUCAACAGGGAAGGUGAUUUACUUUGAACAGCAUCCUCAAAAUUCCAGGGAUUAUGCUCAAAUAUCUUUUGUACACCCCUGGAAAAUGUAAUGCCGAGAUCCAAGGCUCUGAGUCUCUAUAUUCCACCUUGUGAAUGCUACAUUUAAACUAGUUGGAUACUUUUAUGUCCAUCAAAAGAAUCGCAUGGCAGGGUAACAGUAAAUUGUUAGGCUUUGAAAUCUCCUCCUGAAAUUUUAAAAGGACAGGUAUCAGCUUAGCAAUUUGUCAGUUUGAUUUAACCUGAAACCAUUCAAAUAGUAGUAUAACUAACUGCAUGCUUUGGAUUUUCUGAUAACAUAUUCAAGGGCGUGCAGAGAACUUAGUGAGUGAAAACAGCUCUUACAAAUUUAAGAAUGACUGAAUAGUAGGAAAACUUUGACAUUGCUCUUAAAGAGUUGUUUAUGCUGAAUACUUAUAAAACAUUGACUCAUAGCUUUUUACAAGAGAGGAACAUUGAAUGAUAGAUUUAUGCAAGAGAGGUGAUACCAUAGCUCUCACCUAGCCUGUAUGUAGGAGAGGUGAUACCCUGGCUCUCACCUAGCCUGUAUGUAGGAGAGGUGUUACUCUGGCUCUCACCUAGCCUGUUUGUAGGAGAGGUGAUACCAUGGCUCUCACCUAGCCUGUUUGUAGGAGAGGUGAUACCCUUGCUCUCACCUAGCCUGUAUGUAGGAGAGGUGUUACCCUGGCUCUCACCUAGCCUGUAUGUAGGAGGGGUGAUACCCUGGCUCUCACCUAGCCUGUAUGUAGAAGAGGUGAAACCCUUGCUCUCACCUAGCCUGUAUGUAGGAGAGGCGAUACCCUGGCUCUCA